CACAACUCGGACUCAUCGGAAGUUUUUCAUACAGGAACCUCUAUGCAGACUCUAGUUAUAAAAUGACGAAAAUUAUGAAAACAUGUGUUUUUAUCUCAAAUCUUUAACUAUAUAUGAAGAGAUUACUCAAAAACAUUUUAACUGACAGUAUAAAAAAUAGCAGUGGCAGGAAAGAAUAUGUCUGGAUCACUGAGGACUGUUGACACAUACCCAGGUCAAUUCGGACAAGGAGACAUUUCUGAUACUCCAAGAAGCUUGGGAAAUGGACACAACUCUCGUCCAACCUCACCACUGAAGUUUUUUGCAAGAGCCAAAAGCAAAAGUAAUGACAUUUUCAAAGGAAUUGCAGAAUAUGUGUUGGAGGCUGAACAUUUUCUGCAAGAAACCAAAGGUGAAGAAAAUGAAGAAUUUAAAGUUGUCCAUAGCUUUCUGGAGAUGGUCAGUGGUAUCAUAGACAAACUGGCGAGAGACCACAUGAAAGUUGUUUUUUUUGGCAGGACAUCCAAUGGUAAAAGUACAACUAUCAAUGCUAUGUUAAGGAAUAAGAUUUUACCAAGUGGUAUUGGACACACUACAAAUUGCUUUUUACAAGUGGAAGGAACAGAGGCCUCAGAAGGGUUUUUAUUGACAGAUGACUCAGAAGAUCCUAAAAGUAUUAGUUCAAUCAAGCAGUUAGCCUCAGCCCUGAGUUCCAUGAAACUUAAAGAGAAUUCAUUGAUAAGGAUUGUAUGGCCAAAAGAGAAGUGUCGUCUGCUGAAAGAAGAUGUUGUCUUUGUUGACAGUCCUGGAAUAGAUGUUACACCAGAUUUAGACUCAUGGAUUGACCAGUUCUGUCUGGAUGCUGAUGUUUUUGUCUUAGUUGGUAAUGCAGAAUCAACACUCAUGCAAACUGAGAAGAACUUUUUCCACAAAGUGAGCUCACGAUUAUCCAAACCCAACAUAUUUAUUUUGCAAAACAGAUGGGACGUGUCUGUUAAUGAGGAGGAUGCAGAUGAGGUAAAAGAACAACAUUAUACCAGAAAUACCCAGUUCCUCACAGAUGAACUGAAAGUAGCUGAUAAACAGGAAGCCACAAAUAGAAUUUUCUUUGUUUCGGCCAAAGAGGCAUUGAUCAGUAGGCUUCAUGAAGACAGCCAGACACCAACACCAACUGGAUCAUUACAGAAGAAUUUUGCUGAGAGGUUAUUUGCCUUUGCAAAUUUCGAGAGAGCUUUUGAGGUGUGCAUUUCUCAAUCAGCUGUACAGACAAAGUUUCAAACACAUUCAGAAAGAGGGAAGAAAAUAACUGCAGAUCUGAAAGAUAUUAUGGAGAGAACUUACACUGAAUGUUUACAAGCUUGUGAGGACCACGCUCAUAAAAGACAAGAAACAGCAGAUGAACUAGAAUAUUUAGAUAAACAACUUGACUUAUUGACCGAGGAAAUUAAAGAUAAAAUAAAGGUUAUGGUAGAGGAAGUGGAGAGAAAUGUAUCGUUUGCGCUGAAUGAUGAAAUUAAAAGGUUAUCUGCCCUUGUUGAUGACUUUGCUAGACCUUUCCAUCCAGACAAUUUAGUGCUGAGUGUUUAUAAAAAGGAGAUACACAAGUAUAUAGAUCAUGCUCUGUGUAGAAAUUUAGAGGGCAAAUGUUCUGGGAAUGUUCUAAAGAAGCUUAAUAGAACACAACAGGAAAUCACAGAUCGCCUGGCAGCACUAUUAAAGGAUGAAGAAAGAGCACAGUUAAAUAAUGCAUUACCUAAAAGGGACUUUGAAAUAGCUUAUAAAUUGGACUGUAGAAAUUUAUGUUGUGAGUUCCAAGAAGACAUUCAGUUUCGUUUUUCUUUUGGAAUAACAUCCUUAAUGCAUAAAUUCUUAGGGAGCAAGGGAAUGAAGCACACACUAGGAGGUGGUCAGGAUUAUGUUCAUAGACCCAUGUCUAGUUCCGGUACACCAAUGACCCCCAGGGCUGAACUACAACAACAAGACAAUCAAGUGCUCAUGUCAGUCAUUACAACAUUUGCUACCAUUACAUCACGGUCAACAAUGGGUGGUGUUAUUGUGGCAGGACUUGUACUCAAGGUAACUGGAUGGAAGGUUGUAGCAGCAGUAGGGUCAUUAUAUUGUAUGUUAUACCUGUAUGAGUGGUUGAGUUGGACCAAUAAAGCUAAGGAGAGGAGAUUUAAAAGUCAAUAUGUGGAGUAUGCAGCUAGUAAACUCCGACUGAUUGUAGAUCUGACAAGUUCUAACUGUAGUCAUCAAGUACAACAGGAAUUGUCAUCCACUUUUGCCCGACUUUGUAACACUGUUGAUCAGUCCAAGCACAACCUUAAAGAUGAGAUACUAAAACUGGACAAAGAAAUCAGAAGAUUAGAAGAUACUUCUAAAAAUGCAAAGAGUCUCAGAAACAAAGCUGAUUGGUUGGAUAAAGAACUGAAUACAUUUAUAGAAGAGUUUCUUCAGAAGUAUGAUUAGUGUGCACCCUUAGCUUACUAGAAAAGUUUAUGUGAAACUAAUUAAUACUUAUUGUGAUGGUAAAAUUCAUUUCACUUCAGUUGCUAUUAUUAGUACAGUACUGCAAAGGCCACUCUUCUUAUAAAUAAUUAUCUUGCAAGUUAUAAGGUCUGUUCCUGGCUGUUUAGUUUACACAUAAAUCACUCAAUCCCAUUGGCUGCCAUGCAACAUUUUGAAUUGUAGAAAUUUGUGUAAAUUAUAGACGUUUUUAUUAAUAUAUUUAUUUGACCUAAGUUUGUUACAUAAAUGUAUUAAAAAAUGAUAUUGAUUGUUAGUGAGAUGACUUUGUUUAUUUGAAAUAACUUCAACUUUUUUAAUUACUUUCAUAACAGUCUGAGAAAAUUGUCUUUUGCAUAGAAUUUUGGAAUAGAAAGAAGAGUGUUAUGAUAAUAGUUACAUGAGAUAAUUUUUGAAAAAGACAUAAAGAGAGUUAUAGUUCUCUUUGGCCCAAUAUAUGGUGCAAACAAAUUAAAAAGUCUAUAAGAUCGCAAAAUAUUAGGUAUUAUUCGACCAUGGUAUUUAUUCAGUCUAAUGGUAUUGCAUUUGUGUUAUACUGUCACUAACCAAAGCCUGGUGAUGUGAACAAUAUGUAGAAUUUUAUUUAUGACUACAGAGGAAAUACAGGUUAGGGACUUUUUGAAGUGUCUGCUUCAUUUCCAAAAUUCAUAAUUUUCACUCUAAAUAUUUGCUUCCAGGAAAUAAAGAGCAAAUUUGAGAAAUAAUUGAACAAUUCUGAGAAGAAAACUAUUACAUUGAAAGUCAUUUGUAAUCUGAAUUUAUACAUAAACUACCCAAACUUUUCCCAACAGGAAUUCAGGAAAAAACUUUUUGUCACUUGUUGAAAAGUCUAUUGAUACUGGUAAUAUUGAGUGGUGUGUGGUAGUUUGUUUUUUUUAUGGGAAAACCACCUUUCGCUUAUCAAGAAGUAAAUAAUGUUUUUAAAUGAUGCUAGAACAUUUCAAGAGUGUUAUAAUAAGCCAAAAUAACAAUUGGAAUAACACAUGUUGAAAAUUUUCCAGUUUUGGUGUUUUUGUUUUAACUGUUGCACUGGAAAUUUUGAUCUCAUUAAAGAAAGAAACAGCUUCAAA